AAUGGGGGAUUGUGGGUAACGGGAUCUCGUCAACUUUGUUUACAUUCGGACCGUAACCCAGUUGUGCAUCAGGUUCAGCGUGAAAUUCGUCCAAAAAACAUCAUUUUAGAUGGUAUGAGCAGUAUGGAUGAGUCGGAGCCACAGAGUUCUAAUCAAGAAUGGGAUGAACCCAUGUCACCACCACCUCAUGACCCAGGCUCAAAUGACGGCCCAGCAAGCCCUGACCCUAUGAGCCCAGACAAUGAUGGGUUUGAUGAUCAGUCUAGAGGUUAUGAUGACUGUAUGAGCGCCAAUAAUCCAAGAACUCCAGAUGAUCCUAUGAGUCCAGAUGAUUUUGGUGGUGAAGAGCCAAUGAGUCCAGAUAAUUCAGCCAGUCCUGUCAACCCCAGAUCACCUGAUGAUUUUGCUAAUUUUGAUGGCCCAAGAUCCCCAGAUGACAUUGGCAGCCAAGAUGGUCCUAGAUCACCUGACUAUCCUUCGAGUGCAGGCCGUCCGAGGUCUCCAAGCUAUGUAGCCAGUGGUGAUGGCCCAAGGUCACCCGAUGCAAUCACAAGUCCUGAUGGCCCAAGGUCGCUAGAUGACUUUGAGAGCCAAGGUGGCCCAAGAUCGCCACCAUAUGGGCCUGCGAGCCCUGAUGGCCCUCAGUCACCAGAUGAACUUGGUGGUUUUGAUGGGCCAAGGCCAUAUGGUUAUCCUGAUGGCCCAUUGUCUCCAGAUAAUGCAGUGAGUCGGGAACCACCAAGGUCACCUGAUGAUUUUGGUAGUGUUGGCGGGCCAAGAUCACCUGAAGACCCUGUUAGUCUGCAAGACUCUGCAAGUAUUGAUGGUUCUGAACUCUUGAUGGUCAGAGCAGUUUGGGUGGUCCAAGGACCCCAGAGUAUCCAGCCAGUCCAUGUUGAUCUUUGGCUUCAACCUGAAUCCCAAAGCAUGAGGAGCCCUGCACCCUCAAACCCUAGAUCUCCAGCAGGCUCUGGGGAACAGAUCAAGAAUGAUCAAGACGAUCGUCUGUCAGAAAUAUCAGAAGGAGAUUCUGCUUUGAAUGGUGAGCUGGGUAAUGAAGAUGAGCAAAAGGAUGAACAGGAAGCACAGGGAGCUACCAAAUCAAAGCGACGGAGUGAUGAAAGCCUUGGUUUGAGGGAUGAACUGGACUUUGAGGCUGAAAGAGAGAGUGGGGAAGAGGAUGGAGAAGAAGGAGAGGAAGGUGAAGAAGGAGAGGCUCCCAAAAAGAAACGUGAAAUAGAAAAUAGGGAGGAAGGAGAACUGAGUGAUGAAGAGGAUGAUGACUCAUUGUUGAGGCAGGAACCAAAAACAGUUUGUAGAUUUUUCAACAAGGGUCAGUGUACAUGGGGAACAAAUUGUCGAUUCUUACAUCCAGGUGUAUCUGACAAAGGCAAUUAUAAUAUGUUUGCACCUUCCAAACCCCAGGCCAAUACAGACAAGGAAGAGGAAACAACUGAGAGAGAAAGGCCCAGAGAAGUUAGGCGAUUCAUCCCUGAGCCUUCACCUUUUGAAUCUGCUUGGGAACGAGGACUUCGUUAUGCUAAGGAGAUGAUGAAGCGAGCUAACAAACGAAAAGAAACUGAUGCUGACUUUGAAGAGAAGCGUUUCAACCUAAGUUUAGGUCAGGCAGAGUUAGACAGAGAAAAUGACUAUUAUACUCGACCAGCAUCACCUGUCUAUAAACAGCCAGAUGAAAUAACUGAUCAGUACCUGGAUCCCUAUGAAAAACAAGCUAUCAGACAUUUCCGUGGCGGUCAUUUUGAAAACUUUGAGGUUCGUUAUCAUGUUGACCCAAGGUACAGCAUGAGGGAAGGAGGUCACGACAGAUCUCGGAGGGAAAAAUAUGAACGUGAAGUAUCUGAGAGAACUAGUAGACGAUCAAGACACGCUCCUCCUGGCGAAGAAAGGUACGUUAGAAGUCGAAUAUGGCAGGAUGACAGGUACAUGGAAGUCCUUUCAACGGGAGGAGGCACCCGAGGUGAGGCGGAAGCCUGGGCUGAUCCCUGGGCAAGAAGAAAGACCCCACCCCGUUCAAGUCGGAAAAAGAAAACAUCCAGAACAAGAAGUUACUCCACUGGUUCAUCCUCUCAUUCAUCCUCCAGAACAUCUCGCUCCUCAUCCUACUCGAGCAGAAGUAGAACCAGAAGUGAAAGUAGAAGCUCCAGAAGCAGCAUGGGGAGUCGUAGCAGUAGGUCACGUUCUUCUUCACAUUCACCCUCCCCAGGGCGACGACGAGGCAAUCACCAUAAAUCUGGCAUACGUUCUUUGUCCAUGAAAGGAAGACCUCCUCCACCUACUGGAUCUCAUACCCGACCUCCGAUACCCCGCAGACCAGUUGAACCCAGAGACCCAAGGAUGCUCAAUAUACCCAGAAGACCAGAAUCAAAUGCAAACAAGUUGGAGGACAAAGAAAGGAUGCUUAAUAUUCCACGGAGACCUGAGCCAAAAUCUAGCAAGAUGGAUGCUAUUGAGAGGAUUCUUAACAUUCCUCGGAGACCUGAAACAAAAGGAAACAAGAUGGAUGCUAAAGAGAGGGUUCUUAACAUUCCUCGGAGACCUGAAACAAAAGGAAACAAGAUGGAUGCUAAAGAGAG